GUCAGGGGUGAAAGGUGAAAGGUGGCUGCAGACAUGGCGGCUCCCCUGGAUGACAUGUUUUCCCUCUGCGUGGACGCCGGUAAAGUCGCCGGCAGCGUGGAAGUGAGAUUUAUAGACAACGUGAAGGGUAAAGGUCUCUUCGCCAAAAGGAGCAUCAAGAAAGGAGAAACUAUUUUUGUUGAGCGACCUCUCGUCGCUGCCCAGUUCUUGUGGAAUUUUUUGUAUAAAUAUAAAGCCUGUGAUUUCUGCCUACGAGCUCUGGAGACCGCAGAGGAGAAUGCGAGGAGGCUUAGUGGCAUCCCCGGCCUGAGCCUCCCUCAUCCUGAGCUCUGCCGGGUUCGACCCGAGCUGCACCAGGCCUGCCCUCAGUGUCAGGUGAUGUACUGCAGCAGCGAGUGUCGGCAAGCGGCAGCGGAUCAGUACCACAGGGCUCUGUGUUUGGGACCCUCUCAGGAAGAUCCAGAUCACCCCAUCAACAAGCUCAAAGACGCCUGGAGGAGCAUGCAUUAUCCUCCGGAGACCUCCAGCAUCAUGCUCAUGGCUCGGAUGGUGGCUGUGGUCAAACAGGCCAAAGAUAAAGCGCACUGGCAGAAGCUCUUCUCUCACUUCUGCAGCCGCACUGCCAACGAGGAGGAGGAGAUCGCCCAUAAGCUCCUGGGAGAGCAGUUCAGAGGGCAGUUGGCGUUGUUACACAGCCUUUUCACAGCAGCACUUUAUGACGACCAUCUCAGUCGGUGGUUUGUUCCUGAAGGUUUCCGCUCCCUCUUCGCUCUGGUUGGGACCAACGGUCAAGGCAUCGGCACCAGCUCUCUGAGUCAGUGGGUUCACGCCUGCGAUGCACUGGAGCUUCCCGCCCACCAGAGGGAGCAUUUGGACUCCUUUAUCGACCAGCUGUACAAGGACAUAGAAAAAGAGACGGGAGACUUCCUCAACUGUGAGGGAUCCGGACUCUUCCUGCUCCAGAGCUCCUGUAACCACAGCUGUAUACCCAACGCAGAGGCUUCAUUCCCCGACAACAAUUUCCUGCUUCACCUCGGCGCCCUCAGCGACAUCGCCCCGGGAGAGGAGAUCUGCAUCAGUUAUCUGGACUGCUGUCAGCGGGACCGGAGCCGACACAGCAGACACAAAAUCCUGAGGGAGAACUACCUGUUCGUGUGCUCCUGUCCAAAGUGUGCCUCCCAGACGGACGAGCUGGAUGUGACAUCUGAGGAGGAAGAGGAAGAAGAAGGCGAAGCAGAAGGUGAAACGGAGGGGGACGAGCUGGAGGAUGAGAUGACAGAUGUCUGAUGAAAGACCCGGCCAUAUUGUUCCCAUUCCCGCCACUGCGCUAAGCGACCACGGCGCUCAGAAGAAUGAAAAAAGAAAAGAAAAAAAAAAACCCCAGCCCGAACCUUCAUCCACAUUUCAGCAGAACGAGUCCAAAUGUGUGAA